CCCCUCCCUUUGGCAAGCUGUUGUUAUUCACACAGUCACAUUUGAUCCCCGUCCGGAUUGUGUGUUGGCACCGGUCUGGCCAGUGGUUCAUGUGUUCACCGCAGAGGCAGACAGCUGAUGAUGAGCCUCUGGAGUGUAUUUAAAGCCCGGGGAAAGCGGAAGUCUGGCCCGCCGUGUGUUAUCAGCUGAGAGCCGCUAGCUAGCACGGGACUGAGCAGUGUAUAUCAUUAGCCAGCUGGCAGCGCUGCACUUUGACCAAAUGCUCCCCAUUCACACAGAGAGACAAACAUGAAACGGGAAGGAAACGCGAGGAUAUUAGCGCGGUGAUGGCCGUCGCUGUAAUACACUGCUAAGACGAUCACAAGGGAAACUAACCUGUGGAAGAGCAGAUUCUUUGUUUUCUGCUCCGUCCUUCGUCCUUCUCUUCUGACCCCUCACACCCUCCCCUCUAUCUCUACGGCCUGUGUCUCAACACUGUACCCAUGACGACAGGCGGGUGUUGCCACCUGCCCGGCUCAUUGUGCGACUGUGCCAGCAGCACGGGUCUGUGGAAGAGCGUGGAGGAAGCAGGUGGCGACGGGUGCCAGGCGCUCUACGUCACCCAGGUCACAGCCAUAGAUGGACGGUUGCUAUCGUCCGUGCUAAAACCCAUGAGCACACAAAGUGAUGGUCCCAUCUGUCGUAUUUGCCAUGAAGGAGGCAACACUGAGGGGCUCCUGUCCCCCUGUGACUGCACAGGCACCCUGGGCGCAGUGCACAAGAGCUGCUUGGAGAAGUGGCUGUCGUCUUCCAACACCAGCUACUGUGAGCUCUGUCAUACAGAGUUCAGCAUCGAGCGCCGACCGAGGCCUCUCACAGAGUGGCUGCGGGACCCCGGCCCUCGUAACGAGAAGAGGACACUGUUCUGUGACAUGGUGUGCUUCCUGUUUAUCACACCUCUAGCAGCCAUUUCAGGUUGGCUGUGCCUGAGGGGCGCUCAGGACCAUCUUCAGCUGGGGAGCUGGCUGCAGGCUGUGGGCCUCAUAGCCCUCACCAUCGCCCUCUUCACCAUCUAUGUGCUCUGGACCUUGGUGUCUUUCCGCUACCACUGUCAGCUGUACUCUGAGUGGAGGAGAACAAAUCAGAAAGUGCGUCUGCUCAUUCCUGAAGCCAAGGAGUCCAACUCAUCCCAGCAUUCUUUGCUCUCUACUAAACUGAUGAAGAAGCCUGCCAAUGAAAGUAUAGUAUGAGACCAAACGGACACGGUCAAUGAUAAUGGUGUCUUUAGUGUGUGAGGGCUGAAUCUCAGUGCACCAUGCCAGCCAGACUUUAAAGAAGCACUUGCGGGCUUUUUUUGUUGCUUUCCCCUCUUUUUUCCCCUUUGCCCCAUGAGUACUUUUUUUUUUUAAAGGUGCAUUUUUUUGAAAAAUCUGUCUUGUGUGGGUGCAGAGCUGAGCACAUUUAAAUGGAGUCUGUCUGUCGUCACGCUGGGUGUUGACCAAGCUUAUGCAAAAAGCACUGGAGAGUGGAACAGCACAUGAAAGUGAACAGAGACACGGGCACAGUCUCAUGACUCAUGAUGAUAACAAUACUAACAGUGAGUGUAAAGUAAGGGAUGGACCAAACUAACUUGUUUAGUGGACUGUGAAAUAUUCUAAUGGUUGUUCUGCUUAGUUUCAACAGCCCAUCGAUUGUCCACAGCUGACUGCAGAGAGCAGCACGUCCAUUCAUUGUUGUGCUGCAGUGAUGAAACUGUGGAAACUGCUAGAUUCAUGUCAUAUCUGGGCAUGCACUUACCUACUUAGGCCUUGUAUUUUCUGCACAGUGUCGCCCACAGAGGAGCUAUUUCAAGCAGUUAUUACAUGACCCCACGUUAAUCUGUAAAGGAAAAAUGAAAAGCUUAGAUCUUUGCAGUCCAGAUGCCUGUGUGCCGUCAGAGAUCCAACUUCUUAAGUUUAACACGAGCUCACUGGUCGUCUUUCAGUGUUUUUACAUCUCAUCGGAUGGCAGCGUAACAUUAGUAAAGCCAGAGAUUGUGCAAUAAAACACUGUGGACAUUGAGGUCGUCACAGUACAUGAAGAGACCUCUACUAACAUGCACAGUCAUGCAUGCAACCACUGUUAAUAAUUUUGGGGGGAUUUUUUUUUACUGUUAGUUGUAUUGUAAAAUCAUUUUUUAAAACCACUAAAGAAUGAACGGAUUUACUAUUUCUACUGAAGUAGGCUUAACAGUGUCCUCAUAGAGGUUCUUGUAUUAUCAGCACUUAACAAGUAGGUCUUUAUUUUUAUAUAGAUCAACAGAAAACGCCCUUCAAAAUGGCUUUUAGCAACAAGCGUUGUGUGGUGGCUGGUACAGUGUACUAAAAUAUCCUUUUUAAUGGCCUGUUGAAGUACUUAAUUUGUUUUUGUUUUUGAUUUAUUUUUUUAAAGGGAUACACAUGCCUGUAUAUGUGUAGUUUCCAUCAUUACAACAAUCAGGGACAUAGAAACUUUCAAAUAGUUAAACAUAUAGUAGGUUCUUUUUUUUGUGCUGGUGUUUCUGCCAGUAACAUAAAUGUAACCUGCCAACAGGGACUGUCAUGGUGGACACAUUAUGCAAGCACCACUAAGGCCAAAUCUGAGCUUUGUUUUGUGUUUUCUUUCAAACAGGCCACUAGAUGCUCACAUGCUCCUCUAAGUCCAUUUGAUGGAUGUUGUCUUUCGUGGGGGGUGCCAGCUUUUCCUCAUUAGGUUGUGAUGUUACCGACCAGAAUCAGCUUGUAGUGUCUGCGUUAGCAGUUUGGGAGAGGAGGGAGAAAUCACUUGAUUACUCGUGUAUAUAGUUUGGUGCAGUCAAGUCGCUCACAGUGGCUGUUAAUCAGCCAGUCAGAGAGGAUCUUCUCUGCUGUGAGUGUCUGUCAGUUAGUGGUCCACCUUUGAACAUAGUUUAUUUCAUCAUUCCAUUUCAUUUGGGUUAUGAGGAGACGGUUAAUUAUUACAGUACAUCGACAGUGUGAGAUGCGUGAAGUUGAAAACCCCAGCAACACUUGAAAUACUGAGAGUAAAAUUAAAACCAACAUGAUUCAAACACACCGGCUUGAAAAAUACAACAGCAUUCUCCUUUUAGGGAUCACGCAGGUGUUAAGCCAAGAAUUCAGUAUUUAUUAAUUUAUAAUUUUUAAUGAAUGCCUUUAUUGUCAUUGCACAAUAUACAACAAAAUUAAGUAGAUAUUUUUGUUUCAUUUAUAGGUUUGCAAUUCUGUGGUAUGCAAUUAAAGAAAUACCAUAGGUUUACUACACUGAUUGUAUUGAGAGCAAGCUUUAAAUUAGUCUGAUGGUGAUCAGCCUGAUCGAUUAUUAUUAAUUUUAUUAUUACAAACUAAAUUUAGAUUUCCAGAUAAUCAUUCACAAUCUUACUCUUCACACUUCAGCAGAGUUACAUUUAUAGCUUCGUCACUUUGAUAUUUAUUUUCAUUAUCAGACUUUGAUCAUGGUUUGUUCUUCCUUUGUGCUUCUCCUUAUUUUUCUACUAGAUUGAUACAUUUAAUAGACGUAUUCAGUAUUGAAUCAGUGUAAACAAGUACAAUACACUACCUGUGGCGUACAGAGCCCAGAAGUCUGGAUUUUAUGCACAAUUGUGUUGAUUAUGCCUUUUAUUUAAAUAUAUACAUUUUUACUUAAUAACAAUCAGGCUUGAACAUUAUUUUAUUUAAACUGGUGUGUGAUGGUGUGAAGUUACAAAGGGGCAGAUGUGUUCUUCAGCUUUUCCUCUGUGUCACAGACAAAAUAUGGAAAACGUCAGUUAUUAGUAGAAACCCCAGACCAUUUCAGUUUCCAGAGCCAAUUUUGUUUUUGACUGUCAAUAAGCAUCAAUACAUUUUUUUCCCUCCCGCACUGUGAUGGUUGUUAUACUUCAGAAACCUUGUGAUCUGAACUGACUUUAUGAGUUUAGUGGCAACAUUAGUUAGAGGAACAGCUCAGUCGUGGUGUUUGGUGGGAUCUGUUUGACUGCUGACAGUGAGGCAUCUCCAGUGACCAGAGGCUCGUCAGUCCUGUCCUCACCCCGGCCUCUCGUCCACUUUGGAACAUUUAGCUCAUGGUGGUUGUCCCACAUACCAGCCCAGUUAAUCGUUUGUUUGUGUGUUUAACUGAUCUAAGAAUAAAGGAUUAUAUCCUGCAAUACUGGGAUGCACCCGCGGGGUUGGGUGGGGUGGGGGUGGUCGCCUGCCUUACGAGCUUCAGUCAUUAGAUCAUCCAUGUGUUUACUGUUUGUCAUGAACGAGGCUUUACUGUAAGGCGAGGCAGUGAUCUGAAGCAGUGUAAACAGGUGCAGUAGUUCAAAACAGCUUGAAAACAAGAAAUGGUUCAAUUUCAGUGUUAAUGCAGAUGAAUAGUUUGUUUUUUGUAUUGGAGGUUUGUACAGAGUCGCCAACAAAUUAUGCAACACUGCUCCUUUUUUGCUACUUGCCUAUCCAUAUCAGAGUUAGCUGAAACAGAUCCUCAUAUGUCCCAAGUUUCAUUACACUUUUACCAUAAUGUAAUAGUUCUUUACAUCAACUCCACAAUACAAACCCAGAAAGGGAUUUAAAAUCAUUGUUUUCUUUAUUACACAGACAUGCAGAUGUUACCUCCUUUGUGUUAUGUUAAAUAGCAUUUUUGUAAUCUUUUAAUUCUACAUGUCUUCUCUGGAGGGUGGCUAUGUUAAUAUGUAUCAUUUGUUGCAAUUCUUCAGUAUUCACGUUUUUUAAAUACAAUGAUGUUUAUGGUGUGCUGUGGAAAAAAAGAAAGAUGUCUUCACCAAAAUCCUGGUACCUGCAACCAGCCAAGAAUUGUUUGCAAAGCAAAUAAAAAAUGUUGAUAAAUCAUA